AUGUUGCCAAAACAAAAAGCGGCAACAAUUGGCAAUGCAAAAGAUUUUUCGGAAGUUGAUUUAGCAAAGAUUAAUCGAAUGUAUGGAUGUUUGCAAAGCAAGGAAAUCAGUGCGCCGUUUGCUCGAGCAAGGAGCUCUCCAUUUUUCCAUCCACCACAUAAAGAUUCGGAACAUUUCGACAGUCUCGAGCUUGAGCCAAUGAAGAAAAUAACUCAAAUUUGUGAAGAUAAGAUCACGGUGUGCUGGUGGACGGCUGAUAGAUGCAGAGUUCCGGCCAUUCAUCACAUGAUGCGAGCAUUGUGUCCAAAAACGUGUCGAUUCUGU